UAAAAAAUUAAUUUUUCCAAAAAUUAAUCACAUUAAUUUGUUAACAUAUUUCGUAGUGACCAUUUCGAUCAACAAUGGAACAAUAAAUUUAAACGUCAAUUUUUUACAUAAUUUUUCGUUAUGGCUAAAGAAAAUCCCGAUGACCCUAUGGGAGAUAAUAAGGCACCUUUUGGAUUCAAAUUGGCAAAUUUACCUGUAGUCGUAAAAACUCAUUAUAAAAAGGUUCUUAUAGCAGGAGUAAUGGGCUUCGUCGGUUACAAUGCUUAUUUAAAAAUGAAAGAAGCAAACACAUUUAGUCUAUUUAAUAAAACAAAAAUUAUGCCAAUGGAUUCUGGUACAACUUCAAGUCCUGCGAAAGCAACUCAACCGCCCAAUUUAGAUCCAGAUCCAAAAAUGCAAGCAUUAGAAAAGAACAAAGUAUUAGAUGACGCCACUGUAAAUACAUUACAACCAUUUAUUAAUGAUAAAACCAAUGAUGUAUCAAAUAUAUUGAGUGAAUCUCAGAGUGAUGAUAACCAAUUGGAUGCUGAAAAGAUGAUUACAGAAAUGAUAAAUGCUCGAGAUGGUAUCAACGACGAUGAUAAGUUGGAGAAAGCAGAAAUUUCUACUGUCAAUGAUGAAAAAUAUACCAAAAGUAACGAUGAUCACCAAGAUAAAAUAAAAUUCCCAAUUGGAAGAAUCUAAUAUAGUACUCUUUGCUGCUUAUAACUUUAUGGACGUUGCCAAAGCUACAGUUGGAUCUUUAUUCAUGGCAUUUUUAGUUUAUAAAUUUGUGAUGAUGAAAAAGAAAGAUACGAAAACGCCUGUAACGAUAACAACUACACAAAAACAGAGUAAAAAUACAUCACCAGCAUC